GUCAGAAUGCGUUGCCUAGUAACAGGAUGUAAACAUUCUGUCGGUAACGUUUUGCAGCGCUGGCUUGGCUAGACGACCUGCUUCGUUCUUCGCUAUUAAAUAACGAAUGCGCUGUUAUCCGGACAUUACUGAGCGCUUACGAUGACUCUUUCAGAGAAGAACACGACCACCUGGAGACGCAGGGACACGUUUCCAAAUAUUAGAGCGGCAGGGAAAGUCAUACCACUAGGCGACAGGGCAAAGGCCUGUCUGCAGGAAAUAACACCAAGGACUGCCACACCUCCAGUGGUUAGGAAAUUUCUCAGCAGCACCCGGCCGGAGGCAGGAGUGAUCCGGGUGUUCUUUGGAAAAGCGAAUGACCCUGAUAUUGCCAGUACACUAGUCCAUGGAAUAAGCACAAGACCGUCCAUCACUAGUGGAUCUGUGAUCAACCCACAGCCUAAGACUCGCUACCAGGAGAGGCUUUGUGAGCUUCAGGAGGCCAUUUAUGACAGCAAACAGAAAGCUCCUCUUGGAAGGUCCCAAGUUAAGGGUCCCGGGCUUCCAGACUGGAUUGACCCUGAGAAAACAGCGUUUGGUGUUAAAUCGCUUCUCCCUUGUAACGCUGGCGAGAUCAUCAAUCCCCCCAAAACAGCGGGGCAGGUGGAAAAGGAGGCGCAGGAAGGACAUGAGCAGUAUGUUCGCUCACAUAGCUCCUACUUUGUCGGUGAGCGUGUGGAUAGAAGAUACAACAAGAGUACAUACAGUAAGGACAGCAGGUUUGGUGUGUCCACUCCCCAUCGCCAUGACGGACACAACGUGUUCAGGUCUCUCCAUUGGCUCGGCGACAUGCAGGCGAACUACAGUGCAAAACUUGUCUCAAAGCGAUGUGAAGACUUCAGAGAGAGGACACAGCCGCAGAUAGGCAAAGUUCAUGACCCAAUUGCAGACACCUUGAGGGUCCCAGCUGACCACACAUUUGGAGUUUUGCUGCCUCCAGACAAGUUUGGUGCAGGUGACCUCCUCCACUCCACCCCACCUUCAGAGCACGUGAGGGGGCAGGACAGGAGGCGUGCUCUGGUCAGCGCCGUACAACAGCACUUGAAGAAGGCCAACUUCCACAACUUUACUUCCCUGCUGCAAGCAUUCAGACACUACGACAAGAAAGAUCAGGGGAAGAUUGAUAAGGAGGACCUGCGGGACAUGUGCCAUCAGUUUAACUUGGACCUGAGCGGUGACGUCCUGGACGGCCUCAUGGACUACUGCGAUGUCGAUAAAGACGGCCUCAUCAACUUCCUGGAAUUUGCCAACUUUCUUAAUUGGAAAGACAAAAUGCCCAUCAGUAAAGCAGAGCAGAGGAUUUUAACAAGAGGACGCAAUGCUAGUAGUGCCCCAGCCAACAUCCAGAGAGUGGAGCUCCAGAGAUCAGACUCAGAGAAGCAGGCCUGGUCAGAAAGCCUGGCCAGGCCUGAAGACCUGGAGCCUGUGGAGGUGUGGAGCACCCUAAAGACCCCCAGAACACUCUGCAGGUCGAGAGCAGAGAGGGAUCGCUUCGUCACCUCCUCGUCAUUCAUCUCCGCUGUCGUGGGUGGGCUUCCCACUACCGAUUAUCGGACGUACGGAGUUCCAUCAGUGCGUACGGAUCUACCCGCCCCGCGUAUCAAGCGCAUCAGCGACCGUACAAACUAUGGAGACGAGGCCACAGCGUAUGACCUGCUGUAUCCCACCCUGCACUCACUUUUUGGAGUGCAUGAGAAACACUUCUUCUCCCCUCGCAGCAAAGAUGAGAUACUGCAGAUUUUCCGGAAUGUGGGCCUGCGUGUUUCCGAACAGAUGUUUGAGGAGGCCUGGAAGUUAGCAUCCAUGAGACAUCCUGCUGGUGAAGUGUGCGUGGAGAGCUUCCGGAAUGUUCUCAGAGAACUACAGGCAAAUUAA